AUGACGGAGUCACCGCUGACGUGCGCCCGAGCGCACAAACAGAGCCAGGGCUCCCCACACACUGGACACGGACUGAGCAAAACACCUUCGCCAAAUAUGCAUGCAAACAUGCUGAGCUGCCUGGGCUCUCUGGGGCUACUGCUGUGGGCUCUGUUGUGCCUCAGCGCCCUGGCAGAGGGAUACCCCAUCAAACCGGAGAACCCUGGAGACGAUGCACCGGCAGAGGAACUGGCCAAGUAUUACUCGGCUCUGAGACACUAUAUCAACCUGAUCACCAGACAGAGGUAUGGGAAACGCUCCUCUCCAGAGCUCUUGGAUACGCUGAUCUCAGAGCUGUUGCUGAGAGAGAGCACAGACACACUGCCACAGUCCAGAUAUGACCCGUCGCUAUGGUGA